CGCGCCGCCUCCCUCGACCUCUUCGCCUCCGCUCUCCGCUCCCACCUCCCCGCCCUCGCCUCCCAUGCCCAUCUCCUCCCCGAAACCCUCGCCGCCAUCGGCUACGCCCUCUCCCGAGCCGACGACGCCCGCUUCGUCGAAAUCCUCACCCUCCUCCUCCGCAUUUGGGAAGCCGGCGCCGCCCGUGCCUCGCUGUCGCACGGACUCAUGCUUUUGAGGCUGGUCGAGUGGUGCGUGCUACGCUUUCUGGAUUCUAGGGCUACGAAUAAGGUCGAGGCGCUCUGCCGCGAAUUGGCGCCGGAGAAGUGCGAGGCGAACCGCUUCGCCCCGUUCGCUGUGGUGAUGGCUUGCUGCGGCGCGCUGAGGGCGCUCAGACUAGCCUCUUCGAAAUAUAGGAUUGAAUUCGAUCCGCGGUUGAGAGAAUCACUCGAAGGAUCCAUUGGAUUCGCAGCGAAGGAAGCUCUCGCAGGUAUCGGGAGUAAUUAUAACGCCGAGGGGACGACGACGGAGAGCGUCGUUCUUCUUCAGUGCGUCGCGCUAGGCUUAGCUCAAUGUGGUCCGGUCACUUUCAAUCCUUUUGUGAUCAGAUGUCUCUGUUUAGCUCUGCUGCACGAAGUAUUUCCUCUUCCGAUGCUCCUUCGAAUCUCUCUUCGAGACGCAAAUGGAAAUCCUACCUCGCACGUCGGUAGUCAGGUUAAGGAGCAUUUGACUAGCUUUCUUUUCAAAGAGGCGGGUGCGGUGACUGGUGUUUUCUGCAAUCAGUACUCGUCAGCCGACGAUGAUGCUAGGGCUGUAGUCGAACAUUAUAUGUGGGAAUACUCGCAAGUGCUCUACUCAAAUCUUCGCGCAGCUGUGUUCGUGCUGCGGGGAAAGAAGGACAAGUUGCUCGGCGAGUUAGAGAAGAUAGCGGAGGCUGCCUUUCUCAUGGUUGUAGUCUUUGCGGCAGAGGUUACCAAGCACAAGUUGAAUCCCAAGUCUUCCCAUGACUUCCAGCCGGAGAUGGCUGUUAGGAUCUUAGUUGCUUUCUCUUGCAUAGAGUAUUUAAGGCGGGCUCGCCUGCCUGAAUACACUGAUGUGGUGCGGCGCGCCGUUCUAACCGUUCAGGAAAACACGGCAUCCUGCGGUUCCUUUGUUGAGUCAAUGCCGCCUUAUCGUGAAUUGACAAAAGAACCAGGCUCGUUAACGUUGGAUGGAACGAGAUAUGAUUGGUCUAAAGAUGAAGUACAGACGGCACGCAUGUUGUUUUAUCUGCGGGUCAUCCCGACAUGCAUUGGCCUUGUUCCGGCUUCUAUGUUUGCGAAUAAAGUUGCUUCAAUCAUGUUCUUAUAUAUGCAACAUCCAAACGAGAAAGUAACUCGAGCUUCACAUUCUGUGUUGGUGUCCUUUCUAUCUUCUGUUAAUGUUGCUAAUCAGGAUGAACAACUAGCUCUAAAGGAGCAACUUAUUUUCUAUUACAUGCGGAGAGCUUUGGAGGCUUAUCCAGGGGUAACCCCUUUUGAAGGUUUGGCUUCAGGGGUUGCAGCUCUAGUUCGACAUUUACCUGCUGGAAGCCCAGCCAUAUUUUAUUGUGUCCACUGCCUUGUCGUAAAAGCUACCGACCUUUGUAGGAAAGCCAUGAGUCAAGAUGAGACUUUGUGGAAAUCUUGGGAAAGCAGCUCAGAACCCUGUAAGAAAGUUGUGGAUUUGUUGCUUCGCCUUAUCUCUCUCGUGGAUAUACAGGUAUUGCCAUACUUACUGAAGCAGUUGGCAGGGUUCAUCACUCAACUACCCGAGGAUGGCCAGAACGUCCUGCUCGACGACAUGUACUCCCAGGUCGCGGAAUCAGAUGACGUCACCCGAAAGCCGGUCCUCGUCUCGUGGCUCCAGUCUCUCUCCUACAUAACCUCUAAAGAAAAACUGCGUCGAAAAUCCCAUGAUAAGGCGCGCGAUUAUUCCCGAACAAGUUCAAAAUCCUUAGCUAGCAUUGACGGUUUAAGCGCCCGCCUUUGAGGAUAUUCUUGAUUUCAGUUUUGAUGAAUAACACAGAUGAUGCUUUUUCAUUUCUCUUUCAGCGCAAUUAUGCAGUGAAAUCAAGAUUGUAUAACAAAGUGGUUGUAAUUUGAUAGGAAGCAAAAUGUAAAUCUUCUAUUCUGUUCAUGAGCUGUGCAUUUCAAACCAAUUAUGUAGCAAAUUCAAGCACCCUUUUCCCCACUAUUUGAUCUGUAACUGGUAAUCACUUGUCCCA